AUGAAGCUGAAUACUUACAUUUCACAACAUAAUAAUGACACUGCUCCUGUUAUUAUCCUGCUACGUUUGGCCAAACUCAAAAUUUGGGGUGGUCAACCUCAAGUUGGUAAUUGUUUGUUUGGGUCUAGAUUGCAUAUAAAUGAUGAUAUGCCUCAGAUUUUGGAGUUCAAAUCAAAUCUUAAUGCUUUGGAUACGAAUGUUGAGUCUUCUAGCCGUAAAUCCCAGCUCAACUCAGAUACCGUUGUGGCUAAUCCAGAGGAUUACUACCUCCUUUUUCAGAUAAAAAACAUUGAUGAAAUUCCUGAUUUUACUGAGGAAGUUGGUUUAACCAUUAUCGUUACUAUCAUUGGUUUUGAUAUGGAUGAUGGUUGGUAUUCAUUUUAUUGCUGUGAUUUUUCUAAAAAAGUUACUAAAAAUGAUGAUGAUGUUGAUGCUGGCACUUUUCACUGUGAUGGUUGUGGAUUUGUCUCGGAUGUAUUUGGAAAGAUUAGGAUAGUAGUUUGUGUGCAAGAUGAAAGUGGCUCUUCUUCGUUUGUAUUGUUUGAGCGUCAUGUAAAAGAUCUUAUUCAUCGUGGAAACCAAUGGUUGAUGGACAAAAUAGCUAAGGAUCAAGGGAGACAACAGAUACCUGAUGAGUUCAAAAUUCUUCUAAAUAAGAAGUUUGUCUUCAAAGUUCAGAUUUCCAUAUACAUUGUGCAUAAGUUAACCGAUGAUGAAAGGGUUCUUGCUGAGGUGACAAAACGGUCACCAAAUCAUCAACAUGAUAAUAUAAAUGAUAAUGGUACUCCUAUUAACAAGCCAAAUAAGGAAAAUACUAAUUCUAUGCAUGAUGACAAUCUUGAUGUUGUUGACCUUGAAGCUGUAACACCAUCAUCGAGUACGGGGAAGCGCUCUAUUGAGAUUGAUGCCAACACUGACUCUUUGGAGUGGUCUUCUUCAAAAACUUGUGCUGUACGGGAUACCUUAGAAGAUCCCAAAGUUGGAAAAGUUGGACUAAUAUCAAGCCGCCCAUCAAAAUUUUACAAAUCAUCUUCGAUAUGUUUAUAGAUUUUUUCUUUUUAAUCUUUUGUGUGUCACAUUUUUAAUUCUCUAUUUAUUGAUCUUUUGGUUGUUUUUAAAAUUCCAUUGAGUUUUUAUUUGGUGUGUACACAAUGAUACAAUUGGAGGUUAUGACAAUUUCAAGUUAUUGAACUCUUUUGAUUUAAUGCAUAUUUUCUUUCUUUUUUCUUUCA